UUAAAGGUUAAAGGGUCUCUCACUUAGUCUCUUACUCAGGCAUUUACCAAAGAAAACACGUACACAAAAAAACAAAAACUGAUCAUUCUCUCUGGAAUGGAAAAACAUUCUACUUCUAGUACGACCAAUUCCAUGAAUUCACCAACAGCAACAACCUUUGUGCAAGCAGACACAAACUCCUUCAGAGAUCUAGUCCAGAAGCUGACCGGCAUAUCCGGUAACUCUGACAAACUCCCGGUCACCGUCCCUUCAAAACAUCCCUCCAAACCAUUCACUCCCGGUGAACCCGCCGGCCCUCGCCGGUCACCCUUCAAGCUCCACGAGCGAAGGAACACCCACACCAUGAGAAAGCUCGAAAUCAAACUGGGCCUAACCAAUCUCGCCAACUCACCGAUUCAGAGUCCGGUCACCCCACUCGGCUGCGACUCACCUUUCCUGCCGAGUUCCGGCACCGAGUCACCUUUGUCCGACGAGGACAAGGCUAUAGCCGGAAAAGGGUUUUACUUGCACCCAUCGCCGCUGUGUACGCCUAGAGGUACUGACCCGCCAGAGCUCUUGACUUUGUUUCCACUGAGUUCGCCGAGUCAGAAAGCUCGAGAUUCUUAAAUUAGAUUCUUGGGUUUUUAUUUUGGGCUAUAAAAAAGAUCUUUCAAAUACUUUUUUGGCUCAUAAAUGGCUGGCUGGUUAUUGGGUCCUUUUUCUUAAUAUAUUGAGAAUGUAAGAUUUUGCUAUAUAUUGCUAUAACGGUGAUUUGUACGUAUUUGGAAGUUUUUUUGUUUUUUUUAUCUUUUCAAUAAGUUGUUGGAGGGGUAAGGAAAGUGAAAAGCUCUGAAGGCUGGAACUACGAGAGGUAGGUUCGUUGCUAACUGAUUUAAUUCUCCAGCCGAUCGAGAUGUCUUAACAAUUUGACCUCCUCCAUAAUUUUUACUUGCCUACAUUUUUUUU